AUGGACAAUACGAGGAUGAACUCUUUCUUAGAGUACGCAAUUUGUAAUCGCGGGACAAGCGCCUACUCAUCCAAGGGUUACCACCAUUCAGAACAAGGGAUAACAGCUUUUGCUCCUUGUGCAGGUAAUAUUGACAAUUACUCUAGUGAUGGACUGUUCUUAGCUGGAGGAAGCGCGCACAAUACACUUCCACAUCAGCACCAGCCAGUGGGGUAUUCACAUCACUGCAGCCUGACGACUCCAUACUCCAGCCCAGGCCUCAACAACUUCGCCAGCCAAACUUGUAACACCGGUUACAAUCACCAUUAUUUUUUCGCUCAAGAGUCGGACGGGGCGUGCUUUCAAAGCUCGGGGUACGCUGGCAACGCGGGAGCCAGUGUCAACCCACUCUCAGACGGUUACUGUGGGGCCUCGGGGACGGGUCAGUACCAACACCCUUACGGCCAUGAGCAACAGGGCUUGGCGUAUGAGACUUAUGCUAAUCUGUCGCCAUCUCAAGAGGGGGAAAAGGAACCUUCCUGCACCUCAGAUUCAUCCUCAUCUGGCCAAACCUUUGACUGGAUGAAGGUGAAAAGAAACCCUCCUAAAACAGCCAAAAUCGCAGAUUAUGGACCAGCUGGUCAGCCGAACACAAUACGAACCAAUUUCACCACGAAACAACUAACUGAGCUGGAAAAGGAAUUCCACUUUAACAAGUAUCUGACCCGCGCCAGGAGAGUAGAGAUAGCGGCCACACUUGAGUUGAACGAGACUCAGGUCAAAAUUUGGUUCCAGAACCGCAGGAUGAAGCAAAAGAAGCGAGAGAAAGAACGAUUCGCUCCCAACUUUUCCAUUUCGGCUGCUAAAGAAUCCGGGGACGGGUCGGACACGUCUCCGUCCACAUCGCCCAGGUCAUCCGCAUCGGAGAACAUCCACACCUCCUAACUCUGGCUAUCCCAGAAAUAGCAAUACCAAUGGGGAACAUGACUCAACUUCCUUCAUUGCAGUUCACUAAUGAUAAUUGCCUUCCUUUUUUUAGUGUCAGGGUUUUAAUCAACUCAGGGAAAGUACCAAAAAGAAAAGUUACCAUUUGCACUUUCCACCUGUUUACUGGGACCAGAAUCACAUAUGUACACCGACGGCUGAAUGACCACAUAUUGUCUAACUUGGUUGUGAAUAUAUAUUUGACUAUGUGGUUCUGACUACCCGCCUUAAGUUAUUGUUGUUAACUUUGCAGGGAACUAGACUUCAUUGCGCCUUACUGUAAAUCUUCAGUCUCUUUUGUAUUUAAGAGCCAUGAUUUCAAAAUGAUUUUUUUUUUUUGUAUAUAUCGGAAAGCGGGAAAAUACACCUUUAUUCUGCGGCAAGAAGUACCGUUUAAAAGAUCUGUGAAACUUAUUUUGCGAUUGCACUACUAAUACUGUAACAGGGUUAAUGAUUUUUUUUUAAGUACAUGUUUGGUUAAGGAAAGGGCUGAAGACUUAGGAAGGGCGUUAGGUGUUAGCGGACCAAUUCUUCGUUCACUUGGUGGUAUUUUAUGGCCAUUCUAUGUUUUGGCAAACGUUUGAUCAGUCUUAAAUUGGGGACUGGAGCUGGAACUGGGGCCCUUCCUAGCAACCGGGCCGAAUAUUGUCCAGAAACUGACUUCGUUUGACCUUUCCAGUCACUUGGUGCAGGUAUCAACGUGGGCAAAGGUGCCACAAACCAGGGAGCGGAAAUGUCUUUUAACGCGGUGACAACGCGCAUGCAUCCACAAAGAUUUCUCCUCGUCGUUACCACUGGAGUGAGCAAUACAAUUUCGUGGGGAAAUGACUGCCUGGGGGCACCAGCAUAAAAUACAUGGCUCGGCAAGAGUUCUCAUCCGCUGAUGGUGAUGUGACUCAUUCAUUUGCUGAGGUUUAUCGCCCCAGCCUCACAACUCGCCAGCAAACGAGCUCAACAUGUCCAAUUUUCAGCCCCGUGUUUAGCUACCUCGUUCUAAUAAAAAUCGAUUUGAUUAAAAUAA